GCAAAGCACGCCUCGUUCAACCUUUGCACAACAUUACUCCAUUUUACAGAGAAAGCAAAAGAAAACGUGGCCGGGGCUGAUGCGAAAUGCGAGAGUGGACAGACAGCAGGCGAACCCGCUGAAACUGCGGGGGCCUACGCAGACAGGUGACCAGCCUCAUUUCACUGCAGCAAGAGGACACUGGCUCAUGCUUCAACCCAUUUAUAGGGUGAUAACGCUGCCGCCACCUUUCACUUGUUACUGAAAGCAGGAGUCCCCUGUCACUCAACCUUGCCACCUAGUGGAGCUCCGAAGGUUAACCUCCCACGUGGUCAACAGAAGUCUUCCACACAGCUACCUCCCUCAUCUGGGGAGAUGCUUGCUCUGCAACAUUUCCCUCAGGUCUCCAUUUAUUUUUUACCUGCUGAAGGGAAUAUAACACCAACCAGCUUUUAAUAAUACAAACGUCAGUUGAUGAAGGCAUUAAAACCUCCUUUCCACCUUCAGUCACAGCAGUUCAAGAGUCUCUCCUGGAUCUUGUGGAAAAGAGGGGCUCUUCAACUAGCAGGUCACAGAAACUGUUCUUCGCCUGACAUAUAUGUGUGAUAUACUCCCAUGACCCAUGGUUUCAUGGUAGAAUUAAUGGUGCACCAAAGCAGGAAACAGGUCUCAUCCAACGAGAAGCAAAGUGAGCCACACCGCAGAGGUCAGUCUGCAAAAGAGCGUGCACAAACAAGUGCAAAGCCAGAUGGAAUUAUCAUCAAGUGGCACACUCUCUACAGCUACACCAACAGCAGCACAAAAUGACACUUUGAGAGGCCAGGCAGGCGAAUAUACCAAUCACAACUGGGAGUUCUUGGUGGCCGUCCUGGUCACAGCCAUCUCUAUCUCCAUUCUCAUCGCCCUGCUGGCUAAAUGCCAGGUGGUUCGGCGCUACCUGGCUAGCUACCGGCACACACGGCUGAGGGAGACAGACACCGUGAGCCAGUGUGACUCGUCAGGCCUAGAGGUGGAGUUCGCCAUGCACGGCGGAUGUGGAAUGAACCCUCACUGUGUCCCUCCCCUGAACGAGGAAGAUGAUGACGGCUUCAUUGAGGACAACUACAUCCCGGCCAGCGAGAGGGCGAGGGCCAAGAGAGCAGCGGAGAACAUGGAGGACACUGAGGAGGAGAUGGAUGAGAUUGAAUUUAACAUCGCUUAGUGGGAGUGUCUCUACACCUACUCUGCUGAGCCACCAAUUCCACUCCCCCCUUUUCUUUAUUUUUCUGUCUAUUUGAGUAAGAUUCAAAUUGUCAGUCACAAAACGGGCACUUUGUAAACACUGGCUGAGUUUAGGAAAGUACAAAUACCAGUGCUCAAGGGUGUCUUGAUUUUAGGGCAGCACAGAAGUGCAUUAUUAUGGCAGUAGUUCUCAAGGUGUGGUCUUGGGAUCCGCAAAAGUCCCCAUAAAAGAGGAUUUUAUUCUCAGGACGAUGAACAUAAGUCAAGUUGGUCAUGCCUUAUUCGUCAGCAUACUGACAACAGUAACAGUACAUUUUAGGUUAAUUUAGUCAUAAGUAAUAAUCAAAAUGAUAAAAUGGUGUCCUGAAACAGCAACGGUUUUAAAAAAAAGUCGAGAAUGAACAAGAAAUCAAAUGCUUUUCUGUAAAUAUGAACAUUAACCAGCCAACUUUGUAUCCUGUUGACAGCUUUUGGCCGAGUUCAUUGGUUGAUUGAUUGGCUGAUUUUUUUUUGUACGGGUCACACAAAAAUAUCUCAAUAUCUCUGUAUGAUUUAGAGAGACAACCUCAGCCGUGCUGAACGUAACCAGGUACAUUUGACUUUGCACUGUCCUGUUUUGUCAGUGACACGUACGCAAAAGUGCGUGUGCACGGUCGUGUAGUAUGAUUCAAGACCAUUUUAUGCUGUAAUUAAAAAGCCCAUUCAACUCUUCAGAAUUUUCGAAGAGUAGUCUGGCUCGCAACUGAGCCCUGAAGGGACGCUGUGAUGCUCCUCAAAGCUGUAACCGUUGUUAUAAGAAGCUUUCAGACGCAGCAAUUACCUUACAGGAGAAAAUAACCACGAUGCAUAUUUAAUUUAAUGCCUUUAACCUGUGCCGUUACAGCAUCACUUUUAAAAAUCUGACUACAACAUGACAUAGAGAGAGAAAAAAAAAAAAAAAAAAAAAAAGCAGGGCAUGACCACUGUUACAGGAAAAUGUAGCAGUUACUCUCCACCCUGGGCUGCUGUUGUUAGGAUGGUAAAGAUAUUCUGGGAGUGUUCAUGAAUUCAGCACUUCAUUACUGUAAAUUCAACCCAGGGGUCGGUCCGGAAAUUGUUAAUAGUGUGACAUCAAUAAAAAUCCAGUUGUAUGCGAAACGGAGUCAGCUGGUCUGUCUGCAUUAAAAUAAAUAAAUAAAUAAAUAAAUAAAUAA